GCGCCCGCGCGAGGGACUAAGGGCCCGGACUUAGGAAGAGGAAGCCUAGAAAGCAGUUGUCACGGCAACGCAAGGGCGGGUUUGUUCGAGAGAGCCGGGGCCUCGUUCACGUAAUUGAGGCGUGGCUUCCCGUCAAAGGGGUACGGUCACAUCGCGGCUGGAAGGGAAGGAACCCGGCAUAGGCCGUUGCCUGGCAACGCUGGGGCGCGGAGUCUCAACGGCCAGCCCCUCCGCGGAGGAGUUGGGCUCAGGGUCACGUGACUCAGGACCCUACGGAAGGGGGCGCGGUCGGGGGGCUCAGACCGGACGCCGUCUGGAAAGGAGGCCGGAGGACCACGUUCUCUUCGAUCCUAGGCCUGGAUCCCACUACUGCUGUAUGGUAGGGGAAACUGAGGCCCAAGAGCUGACAGUCUAAGAGGAGAAAGGGACAGUGAACAUGUAACAAAUUACCAAGAUUCUUUCAGGCCUGUGCAGGCCUCCCUCUCUCCUGCUGCAGGCCCUCGGAGGCAAUGAAGGUGCUGCUCCUCACUGGGCUGGGGGCCCUGUUCCUCACCUACUACUGGGAUGACAACUUCGACCCAGCCAGCCUCCAGGGAGCCCGUGUGCUGCUGACUGGGGCCAGUGCUGGUGUUGGUGAGGAACUGGCCUAUCACUAUGCACGCCUCGGCUCGCACCUGGUGCUCUCUGCCCCCACUGAGGCCCUGCUGCAGAAGGUGCUAGGGAACUGCCGGAAGCUGGGCGCCCCCAAGGUCUUCUACAUCGCAGCGGACAUGGCCUCCCCUGAGGCACCCGAGCACGUAGUGCAGUUUGCUCUGGACAAGCUGGGUGGGCUGGACUACCUCGUGUUGAACCACAUCGGCAGCACCCCGGCCGGCAUGCGGUCCCGCAGCGCCCAGGCCACGCGCUGGCUCAUGCAGGUGAACUUCCUGAGUUACGUGCAGCUGACUUCGUUGGCGCUGCCCAGCCUGACAGACAGCAAGGGCUCCCUGGUGGUGGUGUCCUCGUUGCUCGGCCGCGUGCCCACGUCCUUCUCCACCCCGUACUCGGCGGCCAAGUUCGCGCUGGACGGCUUCUUCGGCUCGCUGCGGCGGGAGCUGGACGUGCAGGACGUGAACGUGGCCAUCACCAUGUGCCUGCUGGGCCUCCGAGACCGCGCCUCCGCCGCCGAAGGCGUCAGGGGCGUCACGAGGGCCAGGGCGGCGCCCGGGCCCCAGGCGGCCCUGGCGGUGAUCCGCGGCGGCGCCACGCGCGCCUCCGGCGUGGUGUUCCCGUGGCGCCUGCACCUGCUCCGCCUGCUGCGCGGGUGGCUGCCGCGCCCGCGGGCCUGGUUCGUGCGCCAGGACCUCAACGUCUCCAACGCCGCGGCAGCCUGAGCCCCGC